AUGCCAACAAUCAUCAGCAACUCAUUGACACAGCUGUCCAUCUUUGAACUGAAUGAACAAUUGACAAAAAUCCACACCGCUUGCGUGCAAAUUUUUACUAACCCCAAACACGGCGACAAAGAUAUGAUCUCGUUGCUUUUUUACCGACACGAAGUGGGUGAUGUUACCCUUGAACUAGAGGAACGCAUCUCCAUGACUGUUCAGCAGGACGACACAUUGUUGGCCGCUCGAACAAAGGCCAUAUACCUGGACUUACUUUUUAGAUGGAUGAUCAUCAUGCUAGGAGAUGAGACCAAGCAAGACUACCCUGAUUCAGAUGUACAUGACUCACCCGAAUGCUUCCCGGAUCCAGGAACACCUGAAUGGUAUCGAUUUCGUCCAUACAUUCGAUUACACGCUCAUGAAUCUACCUUCUACCCAUCAGAUCUUUCAGACAACGUAACUACAUUGGAUCCAAGUCUAUGGACGGAAGAAUGCCCUUGUUGUUUGGAAUUGCUGCCAAUUUUUAUCUAUCCGUAUAUUCAACCAAUUUCCAUUCCUGCAUAUCUCAAAUGGGAUGCUGUAGAGUUGGGCUGA